UCGUAGCAGGUAGAAAUGGGCUCGAAGCAGCAGCCGGCGCUCCGGCCGAGCUCCACUGACGGAGGCUGCGGCGGCGACGGCAGGGCGGCGUCGGUGAGUGAGCGGUCGAGCGUGACCAACGCGUCCUUCAGGGUGUACUACAGCCUGCGCGCCGGCGCCGUGCCGUUCGUCUGGGAGUCCGCGCCCGGCACGCCAAAGAGAGGUGCGGCCGCCGUCUCCCCGGAGUCGUCCCUCUCCGCCAGUACCAAAGCGACCAGCGGCGGAGCUGCCAACGCUGGUGUUGCUACGGUGCUGCCUCCGCCCCCAUCGCCGCCGCCGUCGUACCAGUCGCCGUUCCAUGGGAAGGGGAGGAGGCCGUCCUGGACGGCGACGCCGGGAGGCAUUGUGAGGGCAUUGCUUGGCGUGCUUGGGCUCAGGAAGAGACACCGCCGGUCGCGCCGGCGCCCCGACAUGUCAUGUCUUUGAACUGCCGACGUUGCAACCUGUCUGCUGUAGUACGUACACUCUUGAUUUCUGGAAAGGCGACUGAUCGUUAAACAUCACUAGUACGAGUAGCAAUUAAAAGCUCUUUGGUUUUAGAUUUUUCUUAAUGCAUACAGUACGGGCAUUAUGUGCUCUCUAUUAUUGUUCAUGGUCGUGUCCAUCUUGGCUUCUUUUAUGUGACAAACUGAAAACCUUGCAACAAAUGUCAAAUGGGUUGCUGCAUGGUUUUUGGUUUGUUCCGCCAUUUUAAGAAAAAGG